AUGAUUAAAACUUUAAGCUUGAAAGCUUUGACUUGUAUUUUGUCCAUCGUGAUUUUACAAUGUCAUUUCACGAGUUGUUUAAAAUUUGUGUCUCACAAGGAUUGUAAUAAUGUUCGAAAAGGAACAUUUGUGGCUCAUCCUAGUAACUGUAAUCAAUAUAUACAAUGUGAUGGAUUACGUUCAACAUUGGGUACAUGUCCCGAGGGUACAUACUUCAAUGCAGAAGUCUUAUCUUGUGACAGUAGCAACAGUGUUUGCAAGAAGAAGGAACCAACAACAGAAGAAUCUACUGAUCCUCAAGUUAAUAAUAUGGAGCCUACAAUUUCAACGAUUGAUCGACCGCUGUGUACUUCCUGGUUCGAUCAACAAUUUCCACAUCCUCACAACUGUCAAUAUUAUUAUUAUUGUGUGAAGGGUUUUCUUACAAUUCGUCGUUGUCAAACUGGCUUUGGUUGGGACUUGGAUCAACAGAGAUGUAUUUUAUUGGCGGAAGCUAAUUGUAUUAAACAUUGAAAAUGUUAUUCUCGUAGAAUACUUA